CAAGCCACUCAGCGGAAUGAGCUUAAACACUGGGGUCGCUCAACGUCACAGCAGUGCCGAGCCGGGAGAAAUGAGCAGCAGCAGCAGCAGCAGCAGCAGCAGCCAGAGGCAGAUAAGGGCGACGGCAAGGUAGCGACGGCGAGGUCGAAUAUAUGGGUCAAGGGAACUUUCGUGCGAAGGAGGAUAUUCAGGGCAAGAGGCACGAUUCACUCUUCCCUGGCUGGCACACUUCACCGCCGAGGCUCGUUAUCCUGCUGUCGGCAUGUUCGCGUGACUGCACCCGAGCCACGCAAUCGGGGAAAAUCCCACUUUCCCACCUCCAUCGGCUUCUCGACACCGUCGCACAUGACAUAUGGCACCACGAUGAAUAGAUCUCCGUCCUCUUCGGGUCUAUUGCCUCUCCCCGGAGCUCCAGGCUCAUCAUGGGCAAUCUACAAGGCCAGAUUCAGAGCCAUCUUCCAAGGUGCUGAUGCAUCAGUCUUGAUCGCAUUCUGGCUGUUCGGUGUUAUCAACAAUGUCUGCUACGUUAUCAUCCUCUCUGCGGCUGUCGACCUCGUCGGUCCUUCGGUUCCCAAAGGUCUUGUCCUGCUUGCAGAUGUGCUGCCCUCCUUCCUCACGAAACUCGUCGCCCCCUACUUCAUCCAUGCAAUACCAUAUUCCGUACGGAUAAUCAUAAUGUGCGCUCUGUCCACUGGGGGCAUGUUUCUUAUCGCACUUACACCUUCUGUGACAACAGACGGCGGAUCCAUAGGGCUGAAGCUGUUCGGUGUGGGGAUUGCAUCACUAUCAAGUGGAAUGGGAGAAUUGUCAAUGCUGGGCUUGACACAUUACUACGGACAUUUCUCUCUCGCUGCAUGGGGUAGCGGAACUGGCGGGGCAGGCCUCAUCGGAGCAGGACUCUACGUCUUCUUGACGGACACCUUGAAGCUCUCCAUCAAAAAUAGCUUACUCACCAGCGCCUAUCUCCCCUUCAUAAUGCCCCUAGCAUUCUUCCUCAUUCUCCCACAAGAACCUCUACGACAAGCACAUAAUAAGAAGGGCUAUUCGGAUCUCCCGCAGAUAUCCAUUGAGGAUGAAGAUGUCCGUGAGCCUCCCGAUGAUGUUGCAGCCGAGGCAUUGUUGGCACCAGGUCCCCCUUCACAAGCUGCAGAGGCUUAUACGUCUCAUUCUCCCCGGCCAUCUUCUCCAACCCUACGAGAGCCCAUCAAGCCCACAUUUGCAACCAAUCUUCGCCGUGCAAGGCGAUUGUUCUUCCCUUACAUGCUACCCCUUCUCCUCGUCUACAUCGCCGAAUACACCAUAAACCAAGGCAUCUCGCCCACCCUCCUCUUCCCCCUAAAAUCCACCCCCUUCACCGCGUACCGCCAAUUCUACCCCAUGUACGCCUUCCUCUACCAACUCGGCGUCUUCAUUUCGCGCUCCUCCAUCUCCUUCCUCAUUAUCCCCCAACUCUACCUGCCCUCCCUCCUCCAAAUCGCCAACCUCGCCCUCCUCACCCUGCACUCCCUAUUCUUCUUCCUCCCCUCCGUCUACCUCAUCUUCCUGGUCAUUUUCUGGGAAGGACUCCUCGGGGGCUUGGUGUAUGUCAAUACGUUUGCAAAGAUUAUGAAGGAGGUGCGGGAGGAGGAUCGGGAGUUUAGUCUUGGGGCGACGAGUGUGAGUGAUAGUGGGGGCAUUUGUGUUGCGAGCUUGAUAGGCAUGGUUAUUGAGGGGCGGUUGUGUGAGUGGAAUGUUAGGAGGGGGAGGCCUUGGUGUGGGAAUUUAGAAAGUUAGAUAGACGAGAUGAAUAGAUGGUUCUUUUUUAAGGGUUUGUUUGUUGUUCUUGUCUGGCUUUAUGCAAUCCGGAUAGCAAAAGUGUUGCUCUAUCCGUUCAAUAUUAUGUCUGCAGUUGGGUUGAUUUAUGCUUGAUGUUGCAGCUGACAUACCAAUAAAGCUGACACCACCCAGCUGACAGCCCUGCCAAUAUUCAACCCACUCUGU